AUGUCUAAGUUCAGGAUCUCAGUACUGGAACGACCGUCCAACUAUGCGUCCUACAAUAAGCGAACGCUAAGUGGAACGGGUCGAGAACACCAACGAUCAACGCAAAAAUUUGCGGAAUUGGAUGACAUAAGAAGGCUGAAAGCGGAAAAAAAAGACCAAACCGUAAACAAAAAUAAGAAGAAAAUGGUGGUUGCGUUGAAAAUGGAGAGUAAAAAAUGA